GGCCGGGUGGCCACCGCACGGGCGCCCGCGGCCGGGCCCGCGCGGCGCCCGGCGGCCUCGCGGGGGCUUCUGGCGGAGGGCGCCGCUGCCAGCCUUUUCUCCUGUGCUGGGGCCGGGGCGCUGGCGGGCGCCGCCAGCUGGCGUUCGGGGCGUGCCCGAGCCGCGCCAGGCCGGCAGGCUGGCGGCGACGAGGUCGCCGCGGGCGCGUCCAUGAAGCUGUUCUCUCCGGCGAAGGUGAACCUCUUCCUCCGCAUCUCGAAGAAGGUGCUCCCCACUACCGCGACAAAGGACGAGCUUAAGUGCAACCUGCCAGGUGUCCCGACCGACGAGUCGAACCUGGUUGUCCGCGCGCUGAAGCUUUUCCGGGAGAAAAGCGGUGUGCAGCGCUUCUUCAAGAUGGACCUGCAGAAGAACACGCCGGCUCAGGCCGGCAUGGGCGGCGGAAGCAGCAACGCGGCGGCGGCUUUCUUCGGGGCCAACGCGCUCUGUGGACGCCCCGCCUCGCCAGAGGGCACGGCUUAUUGCACCGGCCGCGGCGAGAUUGUCACGCCAGUGGGGCCGCUCAAGGGCACAGCGAACCUGGCGGUGUACCUUGUGAAACCUGCGUAUGGCCUAUCCACAGGAAGUAUUUUUAAGGCUCUGGACUACGACGCGUUGAGCACCGUCGACCCCGACGAGCUCCUCAGUGCGUUCCAGGAGAAGGGCACCGAUCACGGUCUUUGGAUCAAUGAUCUCGAGCAGCCUGCUUUUGAAGUUGAACCCAACCUCGGCGAGCUGAAGGCUGCUCUGGAAUCUGCAGAUUUCGGCUUCAAGGCAGUGCUCAUGUCCGGCUCUGGUUCAACCAUUUACUGUUUGGGCGAGCCAGCAGGGGGGGAGGAGGGCUUCAAGGAUGCGAUCAAGGCGAAAUUCAACAUCGAAGGCAUCUGGCGUACGCAGCUGCUUCGUCGGGAGUCCAUGGACGAGUGGUACGCU